CCGCGUUGUUGCCGUGACGUCACGUUGUCAAAAGGACGCCGCAUGAAAACAAAACGUUUUCUCGAUUUUUGGAAAAACUCUUAGAAUUUCUCACAUUUCCACACAGAAAAUAUGGCGCUAAAUAAGCCAAAAUCUGAAUUGACUCCGGAAGAAUUGGCCCGCCAGGAGGAGGAAGAAUUCAAUACCGGGCCCCUUUCUGUGCUCACACAGUCCGUGAAGAAUAACACUCAGGUCCUGAUCAACUGCCGCAACAACAAGAAGCUUUUGGGACGCGUGAAGGCCUUUGAUCGCCACUGUAACAUGGUUUUGGAGAAUGUGAAGGAAAUGUGGACGGAAGUGCCGCGGACCGGCAAAGGGAAGAAGAAAGUGAAGCCGGUGAACAAGGAUCGCUUCAUCUCCAAGAUGUUCCUGCGGGGAGACUCGGUGAUUCUCGUGCUGCGAAAUCCUCUCGCUACCGUGGCGGGCAAAUAA